AUGCCGACCCAGGAGGAACUCACUCGAGGCAUCAAGCAAGACAUCUUCCAGGCCUCGCUCGACGAGGCAAUAAUCCGAGAGCGAAACGACCCCUUGGAUCCGAUCCAGCGGAGCGUCAUCACGGACCGCGGCGCAACAAGCGACUACAAGGUUCAAGCCCUGCUCAGAGCAUGCAUCCAUGGUCAUAUGGCUGGUGCGUCCAGCAGCCCGGCCUCUCUCAUCGUCGUCGAUUACCAGCUCCAGUCGCUCAAGCAGAACAGCGUCUUUACCUCUGUGACCACCAGCUUUACAUUCUCAGAGCACCCCGAUACUUCAGAGGAGAGCAAAGCUUUGCCCAGUGUCAUCGCGUACGCUCCGUUUGAGCGUCCAGUCAGGCUUAACCAGUCUACUGCAACCGAGGGCAAGACCACUACAACCCAGUUCAGCAUCUCCCCACAGGUCAAGGGCAUCAGCCUGGGAAAUUUCACGCUGGGGCGCGACAAGACGUCGAGCCACGAGCAAAAAUACUUUGAGCAAGGGAGGGCGGGGAGACAUCAUGACCACGGCAGGCCGAACCUCGUGUGGUGGAAUCUCGUCCACAACAAGAGCCAGGGCUCCGAGGUGACCCCCCAGUUCCGGGUUGCGAUCCUAGUCGAGAGGAAGGGCAGCGCCAAGUUUCAGGCCGACUUUAAGAUUGCCGCUGAAGGAGGUUUCGGCUACAAGAUCCAGGAACUCAAGGACAGGUGGCUUUACAGGACAGCCAUUGACGACCCUGUCAUUUUUGACCCGGAGAAGGAGCCUAUGGGGGACCUGGAGGGCAUCGAUGCUAAUGAGCUCGGCAAGUUGAAGAAGAGAGAGAGGCUGGAGGUCCUUUCUUAUUUCCCGGGACUAGAGAUUCUAGGGGAUGGGGGACAGUGA